CUCGAUCAUUAUUUUUUUCAUAAAGAUAUUUUUUUGUUGUAUUGAUUGUUUUUAUUGGAAAGAUAUUAAAGAUAUUUUUUUUAUCUUUAUCGGAUUUCGAGAACAUUAUUAGAAAAUAUUACAAAAAUAAUAUUGAAGAAGAUAUCUUAAAGAUUCUAUAAAGUAACUGAAAGUAACUGACUUUUGUGAACGUUAAAUUUAACUGACAAUUGUGAAAAAUCAACAGUGAGCACUUUAAGUUCUAAAAAUUGAGUGAAUAAGUUGUAAGAAUUUAAAGUUUUAAGAACUUUUUUGAAUAUAUUAGAAAAUUUCUAUUGAAAAAUUAGAAAUUUAAAAAAAAAUUUGAAUUUUAACUGAAUUAACGGACAAUUUUCAACCGAAAUAUUUAAAUAAGCUUUUCAAAGAAUUUAAAGUCAAAAGUGAAAAAUUGAAAAACAUUUAUUGAAAAAACUCAAACUUUCAAAUUACAUAAAAAGUUGAACAUUUUAAAUCAAAACUUAAAAUUAUUGAAAAAAACUUUCAAUUGGUUUUUAAAAAUUUAAAAGACUUUAACACAAAGUUUAUUAUGAAGAGAAUUUAAAAUAAAAAUUCUCAUCCUAAAAUAUUCAUCCAAAUUGAAAAAGUUGCAAAAUAAAAACAAUAAAAUUAAAAAUGGAUCAUCUAGUGCUAAUCCCACAAGAAUUCAAUCUCGUCGUGACAUCAGAAAAAGUUCCACAAGACUCAGUGACUGUAUGGAGCAACGCUAGAAUAUCACAAGGAACUUUAUUCUAUCCAUUCCAAGGAACAGUUCGCAUCGAUAAAUUAAAUGUAUUCUCAACAGUCAGCGAAGAUGAUAUUCGACAUCGAUAUGGACUUUACGAUGAAAUCACCUACACAACAGGUCGUAGUGUACGAAAUUGUAAUUGGAUUCGAUUCUUAAGAACAGCAGACGUUUAUGGUCCGCAAGUCAAUAUUGUUUGUACAAAAAUAAACGGUGAGGUGAUCUAUGAAGUUGUCAAACCAAUUCCGAUGCAUCAAGAACUUGUAGCCUUUUAUUUGCCUGAGAGACCGGAGGAGCUGUUUCUUGGCAGAAUGAGACACACUUUUUAUAGACGUACUAUGGACUCGAUUUUAGAAGACUCACCGCUCGACUUAUCGAUGUCACUUGUUGCCGAUAUUAUACCACCAAUUUCAUCACCGACAACAGAGGAUGAACGAAAAUCAAUUUCGGGUGAUUCAUAUACAUCAUCGGGUAAUAGUAGCUCGGGUGAUUUGAUGGACGCAACAAUUACAGCACCAGUGAAGCAGCGAGCGCCUCGCGGUGAACGGAAUUUGCUACCGUGUGAAAUUUGCGGAAAAGCUUUUGAUAGGCCGAGUCUAUUGAAGAGACACACACGAGUUCAUACAGGUGAGAAGCCUCAUGUCUGUUCGUAUGCAGGUUGUGGUAAAGGAUUUAGUACAUCAAGUUCAUUAAAUACUCAUCGAAGAAUUCAUUCGGGCGAGAAACCACACGAAUGUCCAAUCUGUGGCAAGCGCUUUACAGCAAGCAGUAAUCUAUACUACCACAGAAUGACACACAUAAAGGAUAAACCACACAAAUGUAGUUUAUGUUCAAAAUCAUUCCCAACACCAGGCGACCUUCGUUCACACAUGUACGUCCACAGUGGAUCAUGGCCUUUCAAAUGUCACAUUUGUUCGAGAGGAUUCAGCAAGCAGACAAACCUUAAGAAUCAUCUCUUUUUGCAUACAGGUGACAAACCACACGUUUGUAACAUUUGUGAUAAGAAAUUUGCCCUCGCCUGCAACUUAAGAGCACACAUGAAGACUCAUGAUGAUGAACAGCAAGAAAAUUGUGUACGAUGUGGAAGAAUUUUCGUUGCAUCAGCUGGCGACCUUAAAUCUGGAAUUUGUCAAAAAUGUGAGGAUGAACCGAUUUGCGUUGAUGAGCAGACAGAGGAGAUUGAAGAAGCUGUCAACAUUAGACACAAGAAAUUCAGUAAUAAGGCUGCGAAUUCUAUGAUUAGUGUGCAGUAGAUGCUGAGAAUAUUGAGAGCUGCAUUCUAAAUUGUAUUAAUUUAGAUGAUAUUCUGAUUGAUGGACGCUGAACUUACACAACUAUUAUUUUUUUUUUUGUAAAAAGUACAAAUUUAUCGACAAACUGAAAGAAAACCAAAACUUAAUAAUUUUUUUUAUUAUUAUUCAUUAAAACUAGUACUUAAAAAUUUGAGUGAUGUAAAGUUUGAAAAAAUUUGUCAAUUUGAGCGUUGAGUGACUUACUUGUUAAUAGUUGAUAUCAAGCGCAGGCCGCUGUUACUGAAAAAUUGUGAUUUUUGAACGAGGUUCUGAAAUUCAUCCUUAAAGCCAUCUCGGAAGGGAGUGUAACAUUUAAAAACUAAGGAUUCGAACCUCAUUCAAUCGUGUGCUGUUUUAUAGCAAGCAACACACAUGAGCCUUGCGCUACCAAGUCACCUCGCCCAUCCACUGUAAAAUAGCACUAUGCAAACUAAAAUAAUGACAAAAAGCUCACAUUCAAACUUAAGCAUCACUCGAAUGUCUCAUACUCUCACGAAAAAAAAUUAAGCCGUAUUAAAAUAUGUACUUUAUUAUUCCUUAAUGAAUUAAUUCCUAAAAAAAUUAAAAUUAAGAUCUUAUUUAAAAAAUAAUAUUAAAAGUAUCGGUAGAACCGCUUUAAUUCCUCUUUAAUUUCUUCUCUCAUUUCGUAUUUAAAAAUUAAAAGAACUAAGUUUUUUUUUGCACACCCGAGUCGUGCACAGGAAAAAAAAUAUGAAAUUGAUUAAGAAAACUAAUUCACAGUGAAGUUAUAUUGUAAAAUGCACCAAUUAUCUUGUAAAUAUUUAUCAUGUAUUUAAAAAGCAAAGAAUGAAAUGAAAUUAAAAAUACAUUUAAUAUUUUGU